CAUUUGCCUCUGUGGGAACUGGAACUUUGGUAUAACAAAUAAACUUUUAAAUAAGUUAAAGUAUAUUCAUGUCUCUGGUCACUAAACAUCACCAGUUAAAGACACACUGUCGUCAUGUUCGUUUCUUUUUAACGCCUCAGUAGCCUAAUUGUUUUCGCAGCUCGUGCCAACUGCCCAGCGCACAGCCAUCCACUGACAUGACAGGACAGGGGUGGCAAGAGCUCCAUCCACGAAUCGCAAGCCCAAAUCUAACGGUGUGAAUGAGGAGGAAUCGGUGUGAUGUGUGGCAGUGGAUGGGUACAGCGCUACCUCAAUGAAUAAUGUAGAUGGGCAUCAGCAUGCGUCUAUAGUCUCUGCGAAAACACGGACGCUGGAAACCAACCUACAACCUUUUCUGCUCAUUUAACCAAGACUUUGAGCAUGGAAACGGGUCUGGUCGCGAAUCAUCAAGUGAAAAAUGUUGGAAGCGGAGAUCCCCCUCCUUCGCCUCAUCAUCGCACACCUCCACAGCAACAGUCGCAAGCAUUCCAUCAGCAGCCACAGCACCAGCAGCGAGCCGUCCACAACAACAACAACAAUAACAACAGCAUCAAACCGACUCCCGUGCGCGGAGAUUUGGGGAAUCGACAGGAUGGAGGGAAAGAAAACGCUCUGGAGACGCAGGUCGAUCGCCAUCCGCGUUUGCUGAAUACAAGUGACGAGGAGGAUCGCUCGUCCAAAACCGGGGGGGAUCGGAUGGGCAGCAGGUACGAGCACUCCAACUUUGGACCAACGAGCAACAAUAACAACAACAACAGCGGCGGCGGCAACGCGUCCCAAAGCGGGAACAGCUCAGUUUCUGAGUUUAAUCAUUAUUACGGGAAUGGAAGAGGAGGGCCUUGCUUUGAUCAACAUGGCGGACAACAAAGCCCUAGGACGGCUUUAAUGCAUCAGGCACAGAGCAACAUGGAUCAAGUGCAAAACUCCCACGAAGGGUACCAUAAUAAUCCAUACAACCACUAUCCCAACUACCGGCCGGGGUACGGUGGCGCUGGAUACGGUAUGAUGAGCCCAUCGCGGCAGGGGAACAUGAUGGGCCCAGGUACCAAUUCGCCCACUGCUGCUGCUGCUAGUCAUGGCAAGGCUGCUAUGGCCUCAACUACCCCAGCUCCCGGUGCCAAUGUUGGGGGUUUUCAGAGGUUUCCCGGACAAAACCAACAGCACCCUUCUGGAGCUACACCCACGCUAAACCAGCUUCUGACAUCUCCGAGUCCGAUGAUGCGGGGAUAUGGCAGCGGUUAUCAAGAUUACAGUAACCCGCCGCCGCAGCAGCAACAGUCCGGCAUGGGUCUGGGCAAAGACAUGAGCUCCCCGUACAGCCCCGCUGCCAGCCACAGCUGGGGAGCACAACAAAGAAACCACCCAGCCAUGAGCCCUGGGAAUAACGGGAACAGCAGAGCUCAGGUGGCACCAAUGGACCCUAUGGCCAUGAAGCGGUCACAGAUGUACGGGAUGGGCAACAGUCCCUACUCUCAGCCGGGCGGAACUUAUCCAGGACAGCCAUACGGAUCACCUACUUCUCACCGAUACCCAAUGGGAAUGCAGGGACGUGGCCAAGUCAGCAUGGGAGGGAUGCAGUACCCUCAGCAACAGAUGCCUGCUCAGUACGGGCCACAGGGAAUGGGCUACUGUCAGCAGGGUCAGCCCCCGUAUUUCAGUCCUCCACAGCAGCAGUCUGCGGCCCCCUCUCAACCCCCCUACAUGCAGCAGCGCCCACAAACACAACAGGACACUCUGCAAGAGGGAUAUGGCAGCAGGGUCCAGUCUGGGAAACCAAACCACGAUGACAUGGGCCUUACUCAGCAGGACCGCCCGUCCAGCCUCCCGGAUCUGUCUGGCUCUAUAGAUGACCUCCCCACUGGAACAGAGGCGGGUCUCAGUUCGGCUGUCAGUGCUUCAGGUUCCACCAGUAGUCAGGGCGAGCAGAGUAACCCUGCUCAGUCACCUUUCUCACCCCAUGCCUCGCCCAGAGUCCCCAGCAUGCGCAGCGGGCCCUCGCCCUCACCAGUCGGAUCACCAGUGGGUUCCAGCCAAUCACGAUCUGGGCCCAUAUCACCUGCCAGUGGGCCAGGUACACAGAUGGCCCCUCAGACCCCAGGGAACGUUCCAGACGUGGGCUCCCAUUCCUCUCACAGUCAGUCGCCCAUGUCUCAGGAGAGAGGAUUUGCACCUAACAUGCAGCGCAAUGCACCUGGUACCCAGUUUGGAGGCCAGCAGCCUGGACCUUCUAUGUCCCCACACUCCUGUCCCACUGGCCCUAUACACCAUAAUGUGGGCUCCUAUCAGCUGGGCCCCUCUUAUGGGCCCCAGAGUGGCCAGUAUGGCCCUUCAGGUAACUAUCCACGGCCUCCCAACUAUGGCGGAGCACCAGGUGCUAACUACAGUGGUCCCGGCCCAGGCAUGGGCAACAGUCUUGGCAUGAAUGCCAGCAGUCCAAUGCAUGGGCAGGGUCCAGGGCAACCCUGUGGCUCUAUGACCACGGCUCGAGGACCAGGGCAUGCAGCCGGUGGCAGGCCUUACCCGGCAGGCUCCAGCAGUGUGGCUCCAACCUCUCCCAACAUGCCUCAGUCUGCUGGCCCAGGGAUGGGUCCACCUCCUCCCAACGUCAGCCGCAAACCCCAUGAGAGUAGCCCUGCAUCUGCCCAGCAGAACCCAGUCCCCUCGGGCCAGGCCAGGCCAAGUGGUUAUCAGGCUGGGCCCCACAUGCUUGGAAUGGCUCCUGGAGGCCCCUACAACCAUCCACCAAGCAACAGCUCAGCCAGGAUGACCCCUCAAGGACCCUCCUACAACACAAUGCCCACAGGGCCUAUGACAGGCUCAGGGGACACCAUGAUGCCCACCGAUCCCAAACAGAGAGCUGAGCACAAGGAGGAGGGCAGUACACCCACCACAGAUCCCCCUAAGCCAAAGGACAACUACGGUUCUCAGUGUGUGUCCCAGCCUCCCACCCCUUCCCCUCUGUCCCCCAGCCCAGCUAGUCUGUCCUCUUAUCAGGGGGACGACAGCGAUAGCAUUAGCAGCCCUGCCUGGCCAAAGAACCCCAGCAGCCCUAAGCACAGCACGGGGAACAUGACGAAUGAGAAAAUAACACGACUGUAUGACAUGGGCUGUGAGUCUGAGAGGAGGGCAUGGGUGGAUCGCUACAUCGCUUUCAUGGAGGAGAGGGGCACGCCUGUCCCAAACCUGCCUUCAGUGGGCAAGAAGCCGCUGGAUCUGUGCCGCCUCUACCUCUGUGUUCGAGAAAUUGGAGGCUUGGCUAUGGUAAAUAAGAACAAGAAAUGGAGAGAGCUGUCCACCCACCUGAAUGUGGGAACAUCCAGCAGCUCUGCUAGUUCCCUCAAGAAGCAGUACAUCCAAUACCUGUUUGCCUAUGAGUGCAAGGUGGAACGUGGAGAGGAACCCCCACCUGAUGCGUUCACCAUGGGAGACAGCAAGAAGCAGCCACAGCAGGCCAAGAUCCAGCCACCCUCACCUGCAAACUCAGGCUCUCUUCAAGGGCCGCAGACUCCUCAAUCUACAGGCAGCAGCACCAUGACAGAGAUGCCAGGGGACCUAAAGCCACCAACACCAGCUACCACACCACAUGGACAAGUGACGCCACAACCAACUGCCAGAAACAGUGGUAUUAGCGUGCAAGAUCCGUUCUCCGAAGGCAGUGACCCAGCCUUCCAAAAGCGAGGCCCCAUGCAUGGAGGCGGCAGUGGAGAUGCCACCUCUAGGAUGCAGUUUGACACCAGUAAGGAUCCCUAUGGAGCUCCUAGGAAAGGUGGCUCUGAGUCCUUCAUGCCAGGGCAGACAGGCAGCGGCAUGCAGGAUAUGUAUCCACGUGGACCGCCCUCAGGGAUGGGGAUGGGUCCACGACCCCAGUACUCCUACAACCCUGGUUUUGAGAGGAGGCCAGACCAUGUCAUGGGACCAGAGGGGGUAAUUGCUCCCCCUGGAAACCAAAACAACAUGGUGCCUUCCAACAGUGAUCCCAGCAUGUUCUCAGGCAGUAGAUAUGCCUCUCAUCAGAGACAUGGACAUGAUGGUUAUGGGCAGCAGUACCCUCACAGCAUGCCAUAUGGUGCACAUGGGAUGUACCCCCAACAGCAGGGUUAUAAGCGACCUGGGGAAGGGAUGUAUGGCCCUCCACCUAAGCGGCAUGAGAGCGAAGCCUAUGGUAUGCAGUACGGUGGUCAGCAGCCUGACAUGUAUAGCCAAUAUGGUUACCCAGAACGUAGGCCCAUGCAAAGCCCAUUCCCCUAUCCAUAUGGACGUGAUCGCAUGCAGCCAGGUGGGCAGGGACCUCCUCAGCAUAGCAUGAUGAGUGGUGGACCACCCCCAUCCUCUAACUCCAGCAGUGGGCAUCAGGGGAACAUGUGGCACCCCAGGCACGACAUGAGCUACCCUUAUCCCGGCCGACAGGGUCAUGGGGCCCCUUAUCCCUCUAUGAGCCGUGGAGAUGAUCCAGAAGUCAGGGCUAGUCAGGACAGUCAGUGGCCUGGACAGCGUCAAUCCCCAUACCCACCACACUCUUCGUCCUCUUCCAGCUCCAUGCCCCCCAUGGCUAACCGGCAACCAUCUUCUUCCUACCAGUCUCCUCCAGCAAUGCCAAACCAUAUCUCUCGAGUCCCAAGCCCUGCACCAUUCCCUCGGUCUGUGGGUGGCUCUAUGUCACCCAAUAAGGCUCAUAUGAUGGCCUCUAUGAAGCAGAUGCAAAAGCCGGGAGGCCCAGGGACUAUGCCUAGCUCUCAAAGUGGUGGUAUUCCUGGGCAAGGCUUCCCAACAAUCCAUCGGGAGGUCAGUUACCCACUGGAUUCUGUGGAGGCUACACAGCCCCAGCUUAAACCCCGCCGAAGGUUAACAUCCAAAGACAUUGGCACACCAGAGGCUUGGCGUGUGAUGAUGUCCCUGAAGUCUGGGUUGCUUGCUGAGAGCACAUGGGCCCUAGAUACUAUAAAUAUCUUGCUCUAUGAUGACAACACUGUGUCUUCCUUUGGCCUAUCUCAGUUGCCCGGUUUCUUGGAGCUCAUUGUUGAAUAUUUCAGAAGGUGCUUAAUAGAGAUAUUUGGGAUCCUUGAAGAAUAUGAAGUUGGAUCAGAGGGUCAGAAAACUCUCCUCGGUUCAUGUUCAGAACCCAUAGAAAAAGAGCUACCUUCCAAUCAAGACCUAAAAAGCCAAUCCCUUACAGAACAGGUGGAAAAGCAAUUAGAUGUGGAGCCUGAGAAACCUCAGCCCAGCAGCUCAGCAGCACUCAUUAUAGAAAAAAGGGAAGAGUUGGCAGAGGGUAAGGCUGUCGAAGAAGAGAAGAACACUGGUACAGAACCAUGUCCUCCAGUGGAGCCCAGACCCAAGCAAGCCAGUAAGUAUGACAGGCUCCCAGUGAAAGUUGAGGAGAGAGAGGCUGUGGCUGAUUCUGUGGAGGAUCGAUCAGAGCUGCUAGGCUUGGCCGGGGAGUUUACUAGUGGUCUGCUACAUUGGAAGGCAGGCGGAGGGGACUCCACUGCUCACAUUCAGACCCAUUUAGAGAGACGUGGGGAAGAGGAAGAACAGAAGCCCUUAGAGAAUCAGGAAGGUGUGCAGGCACUUGAAAAAGAAACAGUUGAAGAGGGGCUCAGGAGGAAAGAGGAUCUGAAAAGAGAACUUCCAGGGCCCUCAGAGGAAAACUUGACAGCCACUGUAGAUGACAUGCUAAGUUCUCGUCCAGGGCCGCUAUCAGAAGGAGAAACUCAGACAUUCCCCUUCCACAACAGAGAGAACCACAGCAGCAUUACUUUGCUGGAAGACGAGCCCCGAUGCUGGGAUGAAGCACCUCUUUCAGUAGCCGAGGGCUGGCAAGAUGAGUUGGCUAAGCGCUGCAUCUGUGUGUCCAAUAUCAUUCGUGGACUCUCCUUUGUCCCAGGCAAUGACAGUGAAAUGGCUCGGCACCCAGGUUUAGUGCUCAUUCUUGGAAAACUUGUGCUUCUGCACCAUGAGCACCCUAAAAGAAAAAGGAUGCCGCCUACCUACCAGAGAGAGGAGGAGCGAGGUCUGGCAUGCAGCAAAGAUGAAUGGUGGUGGGACUGUCUUGGUGCCUUGCGUGAGAACACCUUGGUCACCCUUGCCAACAUUUCAGGACAGCUAGACCUGUCUAUUUAUCCAGAAAGUAUCUGCCUUCCGAUCCUGGAUGGGCUGCUCCACUGGAUGGUGUGCCCUUCAGCAGAGGCCCAGGACCCCUUUUGCACGGCAAAUGGCUUCUCCUCGCUUACGCCACAGAGGCUGGUGCUGGAGUGUCUGUGCAAACUGAGCAUCCAAGACUCUAAUGUUGACCUUCUGCUGGCCACACCCCCUUUUAGCAGACAGGAGCGCCUCUUUGCUACAUUAGUGCGGCAUGUUGGUGAACGAAAGAGUCAGGUGUGCCGCGAAAUGGCCGUAGCUGUUCUCUCCAAUCUUGCACAGGGUGACCCAACAGCUGCCCGAGCCGUUGCCCUGCAGAAGGGCAGCGUAGGAGCCUUGAUAAGCUUCCUAGAGGACAGUGUUGCCAUGGCACAGUAUCAGCAGAGCCCUCACAGUCUCUUGCACAUGGGACACCCCACCCAUCCUGAGCCGCCCAGCAUCAACAUGAUGUGCCGGGCCGCCAAAGCCCUGCUGGCCAUGGCCCAAGUGGAGGAGAACAGGCCCGAGUUUGUGCUCUACGAGAGCAGGCUUCUUGAUAUCUCGCUGUCCUCCGUGCUGAACUCUGGUGUGGCGGCCAUCCUGUGUGAGGUACUGUUUAAGCUUGGCCGCUCGUGACACGCACAAAGGAGCGGGAGCCUAGAGUGCCAUCAUGGGAAUGCGCGGCUGAGCUGAGCCACAGAGAUCACACAGAACUGUUGGUGUUAUAUUUUUAUUUAAGGAAAAGAACACAAACAAAAAUUGUUUUUACAUACAAAUGAAUAUAUAGAGAAUAUAUAUAGCUCCUCUGCCCCAUUUCCCAGUUUUCAUUUUGGAUUUUUAAAUGAUUUUAAUACAGAUAUUUAAUACUUGGUCUUUUCGUUUUUUUCUAUUCUUUUUUUAUUUGUUUUGUUUCAUCUGUGUAUUUUCUUUCAUUUGUUUUAACCAAAGUUGGCAUCCGAUACCGUUAGUUUUUAGAGUAUUUUGCUCUCAGAAUGUUUUUAAUUGUUUUGAUGCAGUGUUUUGUUUGUUUUCUUGUGGGACUUUGUUUAUUCGGGGAAUGCAGAUUUAUUUAAAUUGUGAGACAUGUUGUAGAUAGAACUUCUCUUGCAAAGUGUUGCGAUAAAAGAAAAAAAAAACAAAAAAAAAAAAAAACACUGAUUUUAAGACAUACAUGUAUACAGCUCUGAAAAAAGCAUUGUGCAAUAGAUUUAGCUGGCUCAGAGGGGAGAUGAUGAAAUGUGAAUGACCACAGGCAAUGUUUUGAUCUGACCACCAGUGUUGCACUGUUUCACCACACCAGUAUCUGAGGGUCAAGCGAGUGUUAGUUCUAAACUGACUUGCUUCCAUGUUAGUGCAGCCGCAGAGGGUCCUCUCUCUGACGGCAAACUCAAAGUGCUUCGGUUACCCCUCUUCUCUAUACUAUAUCCACGGGUCAAUUUGUAUAUAGGAACUGUACAUUAAAUGGGCCCCUUUCACAUUUUUGUUUCCUCCAAGAGAUGUGGUAUUAUACAAAGUGAGUAGUUAAUGCUACAUGCUGACAUUUUGCAAAUGAAUAUUAAGUCAUUGUUUUCAGGUGAGGAUAGUCUUCAAACUUGUAAGGGGCCGUUCACACAGGGCGAGUUCUUGCAUUCGAUCUUCGCUUUUUUUUUUUAAUUGUUGGUCAUAUGCGCACAUGCCAAACAGACAUAUUUGGUCGUUGUGUCGUCAAGUUGAAUAUAGUUUGUACUUUGAAACGCUGCACAGCAGAUCAAUGUCGGUUUUACAACAAUGGACCAGUCAGAUGAAUUUGGGUGCUGGAAAAGCAUCUCCAGUGGAUUAAGCAUGUACAUUAGCAAUUGUGUAUGGGAUUUAAUGCGCCUGUAAACGCACCCGUUUAGUUCGGUUGCACUCCAAUGUUUUUAAUGCAAGAAUGUAUUCUGUGUGAACGCCCCCAAAGACUUUCCUGUGUGUCCUAUAAUGAAGUUCUGUGUGACAGAGAUAGCAAUGGCUCCCUCUAAUGGCCUUAGAUUUUGGAAAUUACAGGCUAACUGAAAGACGUCUGAUGGCUUAAAUGUAAUUCAAUGUGAAAGUUACCCCAAAAUGACUUAACGAUUUUAACAAAAAAUAUGUACAACUCUUUAUGUAAGCUCUUUUUGCUCCAUAUGAUUUGAUGACCAUUGUUUAUUCAGUAUAAAGUCUUUAUACAUGUUCCACAUGUUAAAAGUAAAUGUACAUGAAAUUUGGUCGAGCACUGUGAA